GCAAACAAACAUAAUGAGCAACACAGCCUCAGCCUCGGUCUCCGUCGACGGCGGUGGCGGUGGCGGUGGCGACACCAAAGAUGAUCAGAAAAAACCUUCACAAACCCCCAAACCCAAAAAAGUUUCGAUGCUAAAACUGUUUGCAUUCGCCGAUUCAUAUGAUUACCUCCUUAUGUUUCUUGGGUCCGUCGGAGCAUGCAUUCACGGUGCAUCGGUGCCGGUUUUCUUUAUCUUUUUCGGCAAGUUGAUCAACAUCAUCGGACUCGCUUAUCUUUUUCCCAAAGAAGCUUCUCAUAAAGUUGCCAAGUAUUCAUUGGAUUUUGUGUACCUAAGUGUGGUCAUACUGUUUUCUUCUUGGAUUGAGGUGGCUUGUUGGAUGCAUAGUGGAGAAAGGCAAGCAGCAAAGAUGAGAAUGGCUUAUUUGAGGUCGAUGUUAAGCCAAGAUAUCAGUCUUUUUGACACUGAAGCUUCAACUGGAGAAGUUAUUUCUGCAAUUACGAGUGAUAUAAUCGUCGUUCAAGAUGCCAUUUCUGAGAAGGUGGGGAACUUCAUGCACUACAUCAGCAGAUUCUUAUCAGGAUUCAUAAUUGGGUUCGUUAGAGUUUGGCAGAUAAGUUUGGUGACUUUGUCAAUUGUACCUGCCAUUGCAAUUGCAGGUGGCGUCUAUGCUUACGUCGCCACCGGCCUCAUCGUGCGAGUCCGAAAAUCUUACGUCAAGGCCGGUGAAAUCGCUGAAGAGGUGAUUGGGAAUGUACGGACAGUGCAAGCGUUUUCUGGAGAAGAGAAAGCGGUGAAUUCUUACAUUGCAGCCUUGUCGAACACGUACAAAUAUGGCAAGAAAGCCGGUCUGGCCAAAGGCUUGGGCCUUGGCACUCUGCAUUUUGUUCUCUUCCUCUCUUGGUCCUUGCUCGUUUGGUACACUAGCAUCGUCGUCCAUAAGAACAUCGCUAAUGGUGGUGAUUCGUUCACCACUAUGCUCAAUGUCGUCAUUGCCGGCCUGUCGCUUGGGCAGGCGGCACCGGACAUCAGUGCCUUCAUCAGGGCCAAGGCGGCGGCAUACCCCAUUUUUGAAAUGAUAGAGAGGACGACGGUUGCCAAAACGAGUGCGAAAAUGGGCCGGACGCUUGCCAAGGUGGAUGGUCACAUACGGUUUGAUGACGUGCAGUUUAGUUACCCAUCAAGACCAGAUGUGAUGAUCUUUGACAAACUUCGUCUUGAUAUACCUUCCGGAAAAAUUGUUGCACUUGUUGGCGGUAGCGGUUCAGGGAAGAGCACAGUUAUAUCAUUGAUAGAACGGUUCUACGAGCCGCUAUCUGGUCAGAUCCUGUUAGAUGGAACCAAUCUACGUGAACUCGACAUCAAAUGGCUCAGGCACCAGAUUGGGCUGGUGAAUCAAGAGCCUGCUCUUUUUGCAACAACCAUAAGGGAGAAUAUCUUGUACGGGAAGGAUUCGGCUACCUACGAGGAGAUCACACAUGCCGCAAAGUUAUCAGAAGCAAUCACGUUCAUUAACAAUCUUCCAGAGAGAUUCGAGACGCAGGUAGGAGAACGAGGGAUACAACUAUCGGGAGGACAAAAGCAACGGAUUGCAAUAUCACGAGCGAUAGUGAAGAACCCGUCAAUACUUCUUUUAGAUGAAGCGACAAGCGCCCUCGACACUGAAUCUGAAAAGAGCGUGCAAGAGGCGCUUGACCGUGUGAUGGUGGGAAGGACAACUGUGAUCGUUGCCCAUCGGCUUUCCACCAUUAGAAAUGCAGACACGAUAGCCGUGGUUCAACAUGGAAAGAUAGUCGAAACCGGAAGCCAUGAUGAGCUAAUGUCCCGACCUGAUAGCGCUUAUUCAUCACUCGUUCAACUUCAAGAAACGGCUUCCUUGCAUCGUGCCCCAUCACGCGUUCCAUCCAUGGGAAGACCAUCCAGCUUAAAAUUUUCUCGCGAGCUAUCACGGACUACCACACGGAGUAUAGGGGCUAGUUUUCAUUCCGAUCGAGAAUCCGUUGGCAAGCUCGGUGUUGAAGGUGUUGAAUACGCCAAGGCACCACGCGUUUCCUCAAAAAGAUUAUACUCAAUGAUCCGUCCCGAUUGGGCUUAUGGCUUAACGGGCACCAUAGGCGCCCUAAUCGCAGGAUCCUUGAUGCCUCUCUUUGCUCUUGGGAUCAGCCAAGCCCUCGUGGCUUAUUACAUGGACUGGGAAACCACGCAGCAUGAGGUCAGAAAAAUCGCCGUUCUCUUUUGCUUAGGUGCUGGAGUAAGUAUCACCGUUUACGCCAUCACUCAUCUAUGCUUUGGGAUCAUGGCAGAAAGGCUCACUCUUCGUGUUCGUCAAAAGAUGUUUUCAGCUAUUUUGAGAAAUGAGAUUGGCUGGUUCGAUGACACCAACAACACAAGCUCGAUGCUCGCUUCCCGUUUAGAAAGUGAUGCAACUUUACUAAGAACGGUUGUUGUAGAUCGGACAACGAUACUGAUACAAAAUUUGGGGUUGAUCGGCACUUCCUUCAUCAUCGCCUUCAUCUUGAACUGGAGGCUUACACUUAUCGUGAUGGCCAUGUACCCUUUGAUCAUUAGUGGUCACAUAAGCGAGAAAAUGUUCAUGAAAGGGUAUGGUGGUGAUCUGAGCAAAGCUUAUCUUAAAGCUAAUAUGCUUGCUGGUGAGGCUGUUAGUAACAUAAGAACAGUUGCAGCAUUUUGUUCUGAAAACAAGGUGCUCGAUCUUUAUUCUCGAGAGCUCGUUGGACCUUCCAAACAGUCGUUUAACCGUGGGCAGGUUGCUGGCCUGUUUUACGGUGUAUCUCAGUUCUUCAUAUUCUCAUCAUACGGCCUUGCGUUGUGGUAUGGUUCGGUUUUGAUGGAGAGGGGGUUAUCAGGCUUCAAAUCGGUCAUGAAAUCAUUCAUGAUUCUGAUUGUAACCGCGUUGGCCAUGGGUGAAACGCUAGCAAUGGCACCAGACUUAUUGAAGGGAAACCAGAUGGUAGCUUCGGUUUUCGAGGUUCUCGACCGGAGAACACAAGUUGUGACUGACGUCGGAGAGGAUAUAACGAGAGUGGAAGGGUCAAUUGAGCUGAAAGGUGUCCAUUUCAGCUACCCUUCGAGACCCGACAUCUUGAUUUUCAAGGAUUUCGAUCUGAAGGUUCGAGCAGGCAAGAGCAUGGCACUGGUGGGACAAAGUGGCUCGGGGAAGAGCUCCGUUCUCUCGCUAGUUCUCCGCUUCUACGAUCCAACCUCUGGGAAAGUCAUGGUUGAUGGAAAGGACAUUAAGAAGCUAAAGCUAAAGUCUCUACGAAGCCACAUCGGGCUAGUCCAGCAAGAACCGGCUCUUUUUGCAACAUCAAUUUUCGAAAACAUACUUUACGGGAAAGAAGGAGCCUCAGAAGCUGAAGUGAUUGAAGCUGCUAAGCUAUCGAACGCACAUAGUUUCAUUAGUUCCCUCCCGGAGGGCUACUCGACAAAAGUCGGAGAGAGAGGAAUUCAACUUUCAGGUGGACAAAAGCAGAGGGUAGCUAUAGCAAGAGCCGUCCUAAAGAAUCCAGCAAUAUUACUGUUGGAUGAAGCCACGAGUGCUCUUGAUGUGGAGUCGGAGCGUGUGGUUCAACAGGCUUUAGAUCGGCUAAUGAAGAACAGAACCAGUGUGGUGGUUGCACACAGGCUAUCGACUAUUAAGAAUGCAGAUGAGAUAUCAGUAAUCCAAAAUGGGAAAAUAGUGGAGAAAGGGACUCAUUCAAGUCUCGUUGAGAACGAAAACGGGGCUUAUUCAAAGCUAAUCAACCUACAGCAGCAAGAACAGCAUCACCGUAAAUAAUAAGAAUCAGAGUUUUUGAAUGUUGGUUGCACAUGUGUUCGGCUGAUAGAUGUUGUAUGUUGUUUUACACAUGAUUAUAGUUUAUUUAUCACCCUCAUAUGAUUAUUUAAGGUGUGAUUCAGUCAUUGUUUCUACUACAACUUGAUUUCAAAUUAUGCCCAACAAUAUUUGGGUGUUGGCUAUU